AUGGGGCGAGGGGAAAAGAACUAUGAGGCGGCGUGUCACGGAAAAAGAACGUGGCACGUCGCACCAGAUGGGGAAAAAAUACCAGCCGCUGGCCUUGAAAGGGGCCCUCACCCAUCUCUCCCCCCAAGCACAUCUCCAUCAAGUGCGCCCCCAAGGAGCUUGUCCCACCACAUGUUCAAGUUCCGCCCUCCAGAAAAACAGAAAAACCCAUUGCCGUCUGAGCACCACCGACUGGCCCGAAUAGGUAGUGCAAUAUUAGGAGAUAGAUACCCAGUAAAGUCCUUCAAUCCAAUUGACAAUUGA